UGCUGCAAUGAAUAUAUUACCGAAAAAGAGGUGGCAUGUCAGAACAAAAGAAAACAUUGCUCGUGUUAGGAGGGAUGAAGCUAAAGCCGCAGAAGAAGAGAAGGAACGAGAGCAAAGAGCCAAUCUUGCUGAGCAAGAAGCUCGAACUGAGGCACUAAGGAUCAAAGCAAGAUCAGUUUAUGACGGAAGACAAGACAACAGAGAAGAUGAGACGAUCACUUCAACCUGUAGCAAGGCUGAACAUGUCAACUUCUUCAAGGAACUGGAGGAAGGUCUAGUGGCUUUCACAGGCACCAACAAGGAUUAUGAACGUGAGAAGAAAGAGGAGAAAGAAAAAUAUGAAAAACAAAUUGGCUAUCUUACGUACUUGGGACAAGACACGGUCGAGGCGACCGGAGGAAAGAUCUCGUGGUAUAACAAAAUGCCUAGUAGGCUUCUUCCUGAUGAGGGAAGGAAGGAAGAAGUUAAGGAAAAAGAAGUUAAUGUAAAAUCUAAACAAUUAGUUGAUCCUCUGAACAGCAUAAGAAGGUAUUUAGGUAUGAGCUCAAUCAACAAAAGUAGUGAAAUGAAAAAACCUUUGUCAGCACAAAGUACAAGUGAAACAAAUGAAUUCAAAAAGAAGUAUAAAAGAAAACGGGAAGAAAGCAGCGACAGUGAAAGCGGUAAAAGAGACAAACACAAAAGAAGAAAAUCAAAGAAGCACAAGCAUUCUCGUUUGAAAGAAAAGUCAUUUCAGAAAAAGAAACAAAAAGGAUCAACAAGUGAGAGCAGCACAAGCGAUACACCUGAAGUUAAAGCUGAUUUGGAUGAGCUGAGAGCAAAAAGACUUCAGAGAGAGAGAGCAGAAAAGCUUCGUGCCAAACAGGUCUUGGCAAAAUUAAGAGGGGAGACUUUACCAGAAGAAAAACCAGUCGUACCAAUGGGUCCAGCAGAAAUAUAGUUCUCAAUUUAAUCCACAUCUUGCCAAACAGAACUUUGAAACUGAAAGAAGAUAUACAAAACAUUAUUAAUAAAUCAAUAUUUUACAUAUUGUACAUACUUUAUAGAUAUAAUAUAUACUGAUGUUUUAUUUGUAA